GUACAUUAUGACAAGUGGCCGCACCAUGGAGUCCACCAAGGAGUUCUUCCAGAAGCAUCGCUAUUUUGGCUUGAAGAAGGAAAAUGUCAUCUUCUUCCAGCAGGGCAUGCUGCCUGCCCUGGGGUUCGAUGGGAAAAUCCUGCUAGAGGAGAAGGGCAAGAUUGCUAUGGCACCAGAUGGCAAUGGGGGCCUGUACCGGGCCCUGGGGGCACACGGCAUCAUGGAUGACAUGGAGAGGAGAGGUGUGCAGAGUGUCCAUGUCUACUGUGUGGACAACAUCCUGGUGAAGGUGGCUGACCCCAGGUUCAUCGGGUUCUGCUUGGAGAAGGGAGCAGACUGCGGGGCCAAGGUGGUGGAGAAGACCAACCCCACGGAGCCAGUCGGUGUGGUGUGCCGAGUAGAUGGUGUGUACCAGGUGGUGGAGUACAGUGAGAUCUCCCUGGCCACUGCCCAGAAACGGGGCCCGGAUGGGCGGCUGCUCUUCAAUGCGGGCAACAUCGCCAAUCACUACUUCACCACUGCCUUCUUGAAAGAUGUAGUCAACACUUAUGAACCACAGCUGCAGCACCAUGUAGCUGAGAAGAAGAUCCCACAUGUGGACAUCACUACAGGGCAGCUAAUCCAACCUGAGAAGCCCAACGGGAUUAAGAUGGAAAAGUUUGUCUUCGACAUCUUCCAGUUUUCCAAGAAGUUUGUGGUGUACGAGGUGCUGCGUGAGGAUGAGUUUUCUCCUCUGAAGAACGCAGACAGCCAGAAUGGCAAGGACAACCCCACCACAGCCCGGCAUGCCUUGAUGUCCCUGCACCACUGCUGGGUUCUCAAUGCAGGGGGACACUUUGUGGAUGAAAACGGCACACGCAUCCCUGCCAUCCCUCGCGUCACAAACGGAAGGUCAGAUGCCACCCCAGCAGAUGUCAAUGACAACUUGAAGGAUGCAAAUGACCUGCCAGUCCAGUGUGAAAUUUCUCCCCUUGUCUCCUACGGAGGAGAAGGUCUGGAAAAGUACGUGAAGGGCCGAGAGUUUCGUACACCUCUGAUUAUUGACGAGGAUGGGAUCCACGAGCUGGUGAAGAAUGGGAUGUAGUGGCAGCAGGGUGCCCAAGCCGGGCUGCCUGUCCCACCAGGAAUUCAGACACAUGAAGGUUUAUAGCUCUAACUGUUAGGGGCUGGUCCUGCUCCCUCUGGCCCUGUGCAGAGGAGGAGGUAACCCACUUGGUUCUUGGCAUGUUGUACGCUUCUAUUUAUAUUUUAAUUUAAAAACCAAACACUUUAUGGAUUCCCCUGCCACAAAGCACAGCUAUGGUGCUGCUCUUUGCACUCCAGGCUGUGGGCAUUUAUUUUUAAACAUGUAUAUAGUAAUAGUCAUUGUACAUGCAGAGAGAGGAUUUUUAUGGUACGGGGCUGGGUUUAAUCUUGAAUUUUUAUUUUUCUUAAAUUUACAUGACUAUUUUUUUUUAAUAGUGUCCUUGUCAUUGCCCGUGUCCUCCCUUUUGGUCAUCCUUUUUAUGUUGCACAACUGGAAGCACCCAAUUAAA